GUUAUCAUUUCCUCAUUUUGAAGCCUUUGUCCCUCAAAGGGGCCAGAAUCUCUUUCAAGGUCCUGAUUUCAAAAGGCUGCUGGGUGAGUGCUGGGUCUCUGACCCCGCCAGAGGCUUCUGGAUAGGAUCCUGCUCUGGACAGAAACAUGGACCUUUGGUUUUGGUGGCUUUACUUCCUGCCAGUCUCUGGAGCUCUGAAGAUCCUCCCGGAAGUAAACCUGGAUGGAGCCCUGGGUGGAUCUGUUAUCGUCAAGUGUCCACUUGCUGGAGAAACACAAGUGCGGAUGUACUUGUGCCGGCAGAUGCCUGAAACUCAGAUAUGUUCUACGGUGGUAUCCAACAACUUUGUCAAGAGUGAAUAUAAGCACCGGAUCACUCUGAAGCCGUGUUCGGACAAGAAUCACUUUCUAGUGGAGAUAUCAGAGUUGACUGAGAGUGACAGCGGGGUCUAUGCCUGCGGAUUGGGCAGGAACACAGACCGAGGCAAGACCCAGAAAGUCACCUUGAAUGUCCACAAUGUAGAGUAUGAGCCAUUCUGGGAUGAAGAGGAGCCAAUGCCUGAGGCUCAGAAAUGGUUUCAUAAGUUUGUGCAGCAGCAUGUGCCCUCCUGGCUUCAGAUGGCUGUGCAUGCCAGGGCUUCUGAAUUCAUCCCCAAAGUUACUACACCAAUUCAAAGGACUGAGGCCCCUCUGGUUCACCACUCGUCCACCACCACUCCAACAACGCACCAACCUCGGAUCUCCACAGCAUAUGUGGCAGCAACUGCCAAGCCACCUACUUUUGCGCCAUCCACCACAGCCUCAGAGACCUUGGUUAAGGAGCAAGUCCUCAGCCCCCAGGAAGCCAGUUACAAGCGCCGCACCUGGCUGUACAGGCAAAGAGCAUUCACCCCUGGCUCCCAGGCUGGGAGGGAAGACCAAGGAUUUCACAUCCUGAUCCCCAGCGUCCUGGGCUUCCUGCUGCUGGCCCUUCUCGGGCUCGUGCUAAGAAGAGCCGUUCAGAGAAGGCGGGCCUUCUCCCGGCGGAUCCGCCGCCUGGCGGUGAGGAUGCGCGGCCUGGAGGCUUCAGGGCGGCCCGGGUCGCGCCAGCCCCGCGUGGGGUCGCGGCCGCGCUCCCAGAACAACGUCUACAGCGCCUGCCCGCGCCGCGCUCCGGAGGCUGCCGCAGGCCCCGGAGAGGCCCCUGCGCGCGAGGCCCCUGCUCCCUCGGCGCCCCUCGCCCCGCUCCAGGUGCCUGAAACUCCCUGGCUGCAUGCUCCAUCACGUAAGACCAGCUGUGAAUAUGUGACCAUCUGCCAUCAGCCUGUUGGCCAGAGGGAGGACCCUGAUUCAGAUGAAGAUGACUACAUCAAUAUCCCCAAUCUUACCUCCCUCCCCACCUAUCCAGGACCCAGACCAUGGUGCCAAUGAGUCCUGUCUGUCUACUGAGCUCCAGUGCCUGCUCCAUCUCUUAGCAGAGACUUUGUCACGCCCUGUCUCAAUGCUCAUGCACUGCUACCUGUGCUCGGAACAUAGCUCUGCCCCCAACUGAUCGUGUACACAUCUGCAGCCCUGUGCUCAUCACGUAGGCUCCAGGCAGGCAGAGUAUUCAUUUCGAUGCCACCUGCUUCUUCUCCAGGCUGUUUAACAGGCUGGGAGAUCUUCAGGGCAUCUCCUCAGUGUCUUGGGCCAUGGGGUCUUUGUUUCCUUGGCUUUGGAUACUACAGCAGCAGACUGGGGUGUGGGGAUCAGUGGCCUUUCCAGGUUUGGGUCUCACACAAACAGAAGACCUUAGGGGUACACAGUGAGGACCUGCCUCAGCCCCACAUGCUGGAAAGGGUAUAUAAAAACACCCUUGGGAGCAGCUUUGCCCUGAUCUGAGGGCCAGCACUUACUAGAAGGCUUCUGUUUAUCUGUCUCGAGUCCUGUGUGGUAAGGGCAAUUUAUUUUGAUGUCAUGCCAUAUUCUACAUUUCCAGAACCAAGCUUGUUAGUGUUAGUGAUACACAUACAAAUAUAAACCUAUAUUUACAUGCA